AACGCAGCAACUAAACGCCAAGUUUUGCAAGUUUAUGUGAUGGAUUGACUUUUCAAGACACACAACCAAAUUGAAUAAAAGAUGGUACCUUAACGAGAGAGUUCCUCUUACUAGCAGUAACUCCCGUCUUCAGCCAGCCCAUGCCUUAAAUCAUUAUCUGUUUUCAAACUUAUCCAAUUUCUUUCUAUCACUUUUUGGUGAUUCCCAAUAAUUGGAAUCAAUCUUCAAUAACUUUGAUGGCGAAUAGUUCAGAGUUCGAUCCACAGCUCUUCGUUUCUCAUAAAUUUCCUGAGAGUACUUACACUUACACUGAAAGAGAUGCAGUGAUCUAUGCCUUGGGUGUUGGUGCUUGUGGAAAGGAUGCUGUAGAUGCCGAUGAGCUCAAAUAUGUUUACCAUGAAAACGGGCAGCAGUUCAUCCAAGUCUUGCCAACAUUUUCUGCUCUUUUUUCAAUUAGAAUGAGCUCUACAGGUGGUCUGCAUCUUCCAGGAUUGGAAUAUGAUCCACGGCUUCUGCUGCAUGGACAACAAUACAUAGAAAUAUACAAGCCAUUGCCUUGUAGUGCUUCCGUACGUACUGAAGCUUGUAUUGCAGGAUUGCAUGAUAAGGGUAAAGCCGCUAUUAUUGAGAUUGAAACCAAAUGUUUUCAUUCAGAAUCUGGUGAACUAUUAUUCAUGAAUCGGAUGACUGCUUUUUUGCGGGGUGCUGGGGGCUUCUCAAAAUCAUCUCAACCUUUUUCCUACUCAAACUAUCCAACCAACCAGGCUUCAGCUGCGAAAAUCCCAAAAGGUCAACCUUUUGCAGUAUUUGAGGAUUGUACCCAACCAUCUCAGGCAUUGCUAUAUAGACUAUCUGGUGAUUAUAAUCCUCUGCAUUCAGAUCCUGAAAUUGCAAAAGUUGCAGGAUUCUCUCGGCCAAUAUUGCAUGGGCUGUGCACACUUGGGUUUGCAGUUCGGGCAAUCAUCAAAUGUAUUUGUAGAGGGGAUCCAAACAUGGUGAAAAGUAUAUCAGGCCGAUUCCUUUUGCAUGUUUACCCUGGUGAAACUUUGAUUACGGAGAUGUGGAUUGAAGGUUUGAGGGUUAUUUAUCAGGUGAAGGUUAAAGAACGUAACCGAACGGUGCUUUCUGGCUACGUAGAUCUCCACCGUUUAGCUUCGUCACUGUAAUUUAUAUGGUCAUCAUGGGCUCUCUUUAUAUUAUCUAAAUAAUUUAUCUAGUUGCUGUUGUUACAGAGAAAUAACUUAUCUAAUAAGGCAUUUUAGGAGUCCUUACUGUGUAAAUUUUAUAGCCAUUGAUUGAGGAGCUUCAUAUCACAUAAAUGGUAUUUACUGUAUGAAACAAUUUGAAACGUCAGUUUACUUACAAAGACAAAACUACCGUGUUCUAUA